AUCUGCUCCUCACGCCAGGACUCACUGAAGCGGCUCUGCUCCUCCCUCAGAAUCAUGGCUGGUAAAACCGAGCGCACCUUCAUCGCGGUGAAGCCGGACGGUGUGCAGAGGGGGCUGAUGGGAGAAAUCAUCAAGCGCUUCGAGCAGAAAGGCUUCAGACUGGUGGCCGCCAAGUUUGUGCAGGCCUCUGAGGACCUGGCAAAGCAGCACUACAUCGACCUGAAGGACCAGCCCUUCUAUGCCGGACUGGUGAAGUACACUAGCUCUGGACCACUUCUGGCCAUGGUCUGGGAGGGUCUGAAUGUGAUUAAGACCGGCCGUGUGAUGCUCGGAGAGACCGAUCCCUUCGCCUCCAAACCCGGAACCAUCAGAGGAGACUUCUGCAUUGAAGUCGGCAGGAACCUGAUCCACGGCAGUGACUCUGAGAAGAGCGCCGCCACUGAGGUCAGCCUGUGGUUCAAGCCGGAGGAGCUGGUGUCCUACAGGAGCUGCGCACAGGAGUGGAUCUACGAGUGAACAGAGACACUUCCAGAACCGUCAGCUGGAGCUCAGAGUCCCUGUUCAUCUCAUCUGUUCUCAAACACCUGUUGAAUAAAUCUCUCACACACUCACACACACACAGCAGAACCCCCCCGUGAUGCUCAGCUGGACACCCACAGAACUCACACUGAUCCUCCAACACAGCUCCGCCACAGUCCAGUGUGUGUGCGUUCACUCUCAACCUGAAACUGGCCUCCUGCCCUGACGCCGCAGAGGGCCGAGUGUGUGUGUGUGCUGAGGCGUGACGAUCCAUAUAAAUGAUUCAUAACUCAA